CUUCAUCCUCUAUUCCUCUCCGCGCCGUUCAUUCAUUUGGGAUUUGCGAAGAACAGCGCAGCCUAUGGUUCCGUUCGAUGGCUAUUUCUUUCAACUCUUUCCCCAGCUUCAAUCCAGUCCUGCAGGGAAAGGGAAUGAGUGUCCCCAAGUUUCUCCAUUUCACUCAUCCCUCGCAUAAGGCAUUGUUUGGCAGGGAUGUGAAGGAGAACAAGAGGAAUUCAAAUUCAAGAGUCUCAAAUAAUGACCCUUCAUCCGGAGAGAACAAACCGACAACUGACUCGUCAUCUUCUUCCCCUGCAAAACCAUCCUUCAAAAAGUCUUCUCCUCUAACAGUUAGAGACAAACUCAGGGCUGCUCGUGUUCUCAACCGUUACAACGAGCCAAACACGGCCUUAGAUAAACCGGUGAUGGGAAACAAACUGUUUGAUGUUUUGCGCGAGGCUGAAAAGGGGAAGAAGAGAGGCCUCCCGGAGGCGCCAAAUAAUCUAUUCGACGAUGAAACCCGCGGGCUUCCGAAGCCGGGGUUGACUUUCGACCUCCCGGGAGGGUUUGACCUUUUUCUCAUUGCGUUUUCGUUUGUUUUCAUCAGCACGGUUAUGUUUGGCACGACGUACAUUGUGUGGAAAGUUGGUGCCAUUCAUUUCAAUGAGUACUAGUUGAGGUGUGUUUGUGAUACAUGUCUUAUAUAAUAUGGAUUGCUUGACAACUUUUAGCUAUCAUGUAGCAUUUCAAUUGAAUUUAGUUUAGAUUAGUUCAGUAAAUUUCAAACGAAAAAGAGCUCUCUUUUGUUGUCUGGGUUUUCAAUCAUGGCUGCCGCCGCCGCCGCCGUUCGAAGAGGAUGAAGACGAAGAGAUGAUGAUGAGAUCAUGUGGUGGCGGAGGAGGUUCAAAAACCGCAUCCAAAAGCCACAGCCAGGCGGAGAAACGCCGCAGAGACAGAAUCAACGCUCAGCUCGCCACUCUCAGAAAACUCAUCCCCAUGUCUCAUAAGGUAUUCUCAUCUACUUGUUUUUUACUCUCCAAAAAAAUUCCAAUAAUUUCACUUGGCACACCGCACAUAGAUUAAGAAAAAAGUCAAAAAAUGUAAAGAUUUUACAUUUUUGCCUCUUUGAUGUGAUAGAAUAAAGUGAAUAGUACGUGUAAAAACAAGAGUAUAAUGACACAUAUAUUAAAAAAAGUUGUGAAAUGAGAAACUUUUUUUGAACGACCUAAAGAGAAAACUAAGAGAGAAAUUAAUUGAUGGAAAGAGUAUUUUUAUGAAAUUUUAAAAAAAAUUAAAAAAUGUGACAUUUCUUUGGGAGAGACUAUCUAGAAAGAAUUUUAUGGAGUUUUGGGAACUAAACGUUUCCAAAAUUAUGGAUUAACGCCUUAAAGUAUGGCUUAUAAACAGCUUACAAUUCAAGUCAGAUUAUAAAGACACAGAAAAUGUCAUCAGCUGACUUAUAAUUAAAAACUGUUUAUAAAUAAUAUUAGCAAAUUUCUAAACAUAGAAAAACACAUCCUCAAUUUUUAAUGAAUUUCAUCGAAAAAGUCAAACAUACACAAUUUGGCAGGCAACUGGUAAAAAUUACACAAGGUACGUUUCAUUUGGGGAGGAAAUUAUAGAAAAAAUUAGUGCCAAAAAAUUGGUUAUUACUCCGUCUUAGAAAUCAUGAAAUAUUCCUUUUAACGCUCGAGGGCUAAUAAGAUUAUUCAAAUAACUCUUUUAUUUGUAGUUUUGUGCACAUAUAAACGUCAUUUUAUCUGCCAAAAGAAGACUAGAUUUGAAUUUUGAUACCCAAAGAUUCAAUGGGGGCAACCCUAGCACUUUCACAAAAGGGAAUAGAUACCCAAACAAUGCAUAUACACCACCAAUUAAGAGUGGAGAUCGAAAUGGAUGUCCCAAACACAAUAGUAAAGACUUAAAUAUAUU